AUAGUAGCCUUUUAACUGUCGAACUGCAAAGACCUGUUUCGCAUUUUUUAUGUUUUUAUUUUUUUUUCGUCUGUAACCGAUACUCACACAUGUGAUUGAUUCAUGUUUGCCGAAUAAAUAUUUAAUUUGAAAUGUUUUGAUGGGAUGGAGUGACGACGUCGACGAGAAAUGAUCCCACAAAAUAUAAUUACCGAUAAAUAUUUGGCUAGCAAAAAAGAGUAAAGUGAAGAAGAGACGAAAGAACCGGUUCAGUGUAAAAUAAUUUGAAAGUUUUCUCAUCUAAUCAUGUCUCUGAGUAAGACAAUAAAUCUUAAAUUAGUGUGCGAUACGAUAACAAGCUGAUUUGUGUUUAUUAUAGCACCAAAACAUCAUGCAUAGUAAUUAUUACUCAAAAGCCGCACAAUAAAAAUUUUACUAUUCACAAGGUUUCGUCAUUUGUUUGUACUUUGCUAUAAAAAUUCGGAGUAACUCAGUCAUAACAACAAAAAAACUGUUCAUUCAAUGUCACAAAUCGCACGAAGUUGGCGCUAAUUUUUCGGUAUUUUAUCGCCAAAAUUGAUAAAAAUUAAUCCUUCAUCGUUCGAAACAUAUCAAAAGCAGUGAUAAGGUUUAUCAAUCAUCCACGAGACAGUCUAAGGCUGCAAGUAGCUCUGUUUGCACUUAGUCAAGUGCGAGGCUCCAAAGUGUUGACAACAAUAAGUAAACAUGAGCGGCGUAAAUAAUGGAGGAUUUGAAAUGGGGGAGUCAGCGGAACCACGAUUAUCUUAUCGUAAAAAUGGCAAAUCAACUGCUCUGAAUGAAAGUUCAUCCACAAUUCCAAUGGAAACUUCUUCCUACGACUUAGAUGACGACUCAACGAGACAUCAGGACCCUUCAAAGCUUCAAGAAGUGCUCGAAACAUAUAAAAGACCCAUAAAAAUCUUCGUCAACUUGGGUAUUAAUGUCGCUGUUGCGGUUUAUUUCGCUUAUGCGACAAUUUAUUACAUCGAUUUCGAGAAAACUUGCACCCAAAAUUGCGGAAUGCAGUUUUGCAAUGGAUACGGAUCACUUGUUAUUGUGUUGGCACUCGUUUAUUACUCACUUUGUUAUUAUUAUGUGUUGAAACCGACGAUCGGGAAAAUAAUUUAUCGCAAAAUUAAAGAUGCCACAGCUGGAAAUGGGAAGAAAGUUAGUUCAUGGGCUCACAUGACGUUCAUUUUCUUCCUUCUCGUGAUCGUUGUUGUCUUCUUGGCGAUGGAAAUUCGUGAAUUUUCGCGUCUCCAAUCGUUAGUUGGCAUUUUCGGACUUCUCGUGUUCGGAUUUUUGUUCAGCAACAAGAUGAGUAAGGUCAAUUGGCGCGUUGUAGCUGCCGGAGUACUUGUUCAAAUGGUUCUGGGACUUGCUUUGAUCAAAUGGCCUACGGGUAGAGCUGUUUUCGAGUGCAUCGGGAACAAAGUUGCAGCGUUUUUGGGUUAUGCGACGAGCGGAGCUGUGUUUGUUUAUGGAGAAUUCCUCGUUCAAAAUGGAGUUUUUGCAUUUACGGUGCUUCCGGUGAUCUUUUUCUUCAGUUUUAUGGUGUCAAUUUUGUAUUAUUUGGGCGCCAUGCAAUGGUUCGUGCUCACAGUUGGAUGGGUUUUGCAAAUUAUUCUCGGAACGACAGUUUGUGAGAGUGUCAAUGCCGCUGCGGACAUGUUCCUCGGGCAAUCCGAGUCAAUUUUGACAAUUAAGCCGUAUUUGAAGGACUUGACCAAGUCGGAAUAUCACGCGAUCAUGGUUGCUGGCUUUUCAACGGUUUCCGGAUCAGUUCUUGCUGCUUAUAUGAACUUUGGUGCGAAUCCCGCUCACUUAAUCACAGCCUCCGUAAUGGCAGCUCCCGCUUCCCUGACCUUCGCGAAGUUAAUUUAUCCUGAAACGGAAGUCAGUAAAACGAGUUCCGGCAACAUUCAACUCGCCAAAUCGGAAGAUCGGUCAGUUUUGGAUGCCGCAACGAAAGGCGCGGGCGAAGCAAUUAUGUUGGUGCUCGGAAUUACGGCAAAUUUGAUCGCUUUUAUCUCGUUCAUGGCGUUCGUCAAUGGAAUUCUGGGGUAUUUGAGCGCUUUGUUGGGGUAUGAGGGACUGACGCUUGAAUAUAUCUUUGGAUGGUUGUUCACGCCGAUCAGUUGGGCCAUGGGAAUUCCGUGGGAAGAGUCGAGACGAGUUGGGGAGCUAAUUGGAUUGAAGACGAUCGUUAAUGAGUUUGUUGCUUAUCAGAAGUUGGGAGAGUAUAAAGAGGCGAAAUUGAUUUCGCUCCGAAGUUCUGGCAUCGCAACAUUCGCUCUGUGUGGCUUCGCAAAUCCAUCCUCGAUGGGCAUCAUGAUCGGCGCACUGAGUUCCCUCGAGCCAUCACGACGACAUGACAUCACAGCUGUUGCUUUUCGUGCCUUCAUUGCCGGCAGUUGUGUCACUUUUAUGACGGCAUCCAUCGCUGGGCUUCUCAUGACUGACGACAUGUUCAUCGACGAAGCUCAAAAACUUUACGGAGCAACUUUUGACGGCAAUUUCACGGGAACUUACUUCUAAAAAAAAAAAAAAAUUGCAAAUAAAUAAUUUUUUUACACGA